AUGCCAAAAAUCGUCCGACUCACGCUCCUGAAAAUCACCGACGACGAGGCAAUUCAAGAGGCCGUCCAAAAAUACUCAACGUUGACCCAGGAUGCAAAGAGACCAUGGCGUCAACACGGCUUUGACUCGCGUUCAGGAAACAUGCCGAUACGAAGGUGA